AUGGAGGACUUGAUUGCAAGCCUGUAUCCCUUUCCGCACGGCAGGAAGAGCUACGCUCAUCAAGCGAUCGAGUUCCUUGAGAACAGCUCGCGGCUGAUAGACUUCGAGGCUUGGGAUUUACCUGAAAUGCGAGGACGGCAAAGCCGUGAAACGACAGCCCCACUGAGCGACGUUGAGGAUGACGAUGCGAAGGAAAUCGUGCGCGAGAAAGGGUUUCAACUAACUUUCACCCACGGUCCCAAGACCGGUCGUGGAUACAUGCUCGGGACUGACGCAAACAGCUGCGACAUCAUCUUGCCGCAAAGCAAAGGUGUUAGCCGUUGCCACUGUUAUCUGACCUUCGAUCACGAGCGACGCUUGAUACUGCGAGACUGUUCGUCUAAUGGGACGGUCGUCACAUUUGACGGCAAAGGAGGAGAGAAGCGCCGACACUUUACGUGGAUACUGGGCGGUCAUGAGGUUCCAAACGACACAAAGACCAUCGUCAUUCAGCUACACGCAAUGCUUAAGUUUCAGAUCGUCGUAACGAAGCCAACGUUUCCAGGCAUCUAUUUCGAAAAUGUGGACGAAUUUCUUGGAGAAAAUGCAGUACCAACCCAGCUACCUCUCGGCGCACUCGGAAUACGGAGUAUCGCUUCAACCGCAGCUCCCAGCGGAGCACGUACGCCAGAACAAGCUCCGGUUUUACUGGAGCAAGAGACGCUAGGCCGAGGCGCCUAUGGAGUGGUACAUCGGGUCUGGGAUGUUAGCACGGGCCGUGAAUAUGCGUCGAAGAGUUUUACGAACCUGGAUAGAUCGGAUUGGAAGAACGAGGCGCAUAUGAUGCGGCAAGGCCCGCAUGAGCACAUUGUCCGCUUGUGUUUCACUGUGGAACGACCAGUCCCGCAGCUGGUGAUGGAAUAUGUUCCGCUCGGCAAUCUAGAAGAUCAACAUCGUCGACGAAAGAUCUCGGAGGAUGAAGCCAUCACUAUUCUGCAGCAAGGUCUCUCCGCGCUAGCCUUCCUACACGAACAAAGUCCACCCAUCGUCCAUCGAGACAUCAAACCCGAGAAUCUCUUACUGCGAUCUCGGGACCCAGUUCACAUCAAGCUCGGUGAUUUUGGCUUAUCCAAGGCGAACGAAGACCUCAAAACGCUUUGUGGUACACUCACGUACCUGGCCCCAGAGAUUGCCCGGUCUCAUGGCUCAACGUCAAGAACUCGAUACACGCAGGCCGUCGACAUCUGGUCUUUCGGUACGGUCAUUUACCAAUACGUAUAUGAACUUCCACAACAAACCUCAGGCUCGGCGCUGUCUUGGUGUGAGAGAAUCGUGGAGCACCUGAAUGAUUGGGAAUCUGAUGAGCUGAUCGACCUAUUAUCGGAAAUGAUUGUCAUGGAUCCCCGUCGGCGGCUUGCGGCAAGAUCUUGUUGGCAAAGGGCAUUGCUGUUGAGCCAUGCAUCAACGCCGACAGAUUCUUCGAUUUUGUACGAAAGCUGCUGUCCCUCAGUUGUCAGUGAGCCUCAUGGUGAUUUGGAACACCAGGCCUCAGUUCGAAAAUUUCUGAAUACUUCAGGAAACGAGUCUCGAGCCAAUCCUGCGGCUCCCGCGGAGAGAGGGACGCUGUUGAGCACGCUCAUCCACCAUCCGAAGGAAGGAAGCAAAAGGCCUAGGUCUCGUGAUCCGGAUGCAUGUGCAGGCUUAAGGAAGCGAGCGACUGCAAUUUGGCAAAGCCCGAGCCAGCGAGACAGUAAGGCCCGGCGACAGCAGUGUUCCCAGCUCGAGUCACCAUCGUGUGUUUCCAUCCAACGAAAUACAAUAUACGAGUGUGUUGUUGAAUUGCUCAGGGACAUACGAACGGGAACCGAGAGAAGCGAAGAUCUGGACUCACCUACGAUUCGUCUUGUACGUGACCUAUGCCAACGCCUCGACGAGCUGAACAUAGGACAGCUUCACACCUUGGUCAGUGAGAAUGCGGAGCGUACAACCGUCAUUGCAGUGUCAAAGGCUCGAGAGUUUACUCUUGCCAGUCUCACCUCCUCCGACGUUGGUAAUUCUGUGGCAGAUCUAACCGGCCAUCUCAUUCAUAUGACGGAUCUGCUGGGCUUUAAUCUUGAGAAGUCGGGAAUGGGUAGUCUAGACCAAGAUUGCGUCCAGCUUUCCGGAAACGCAGCUGAAAGCUCAAGUUUUGAUCGCCGCACGUUGCAACUGCGUCGCACGCAGUGUGAGCCAACAGCGGUUUGUCAGCUUUCGCUCCCUGCUGUCGACUUGGGUUCAAGCCAUUCAAAUGGGGAUACAGAAAGCUGCUUGAGCAGUCUGGCACCACUUUCUCGGGGAUUGACGUAUCCGUCCGGCUUGCUGGACCCGCUGAAUACCUCGGGCUGCAGUCGACCAUGGUAG